AUGGCCGUAGGGGGGCCCCGACAGACUGGGGGCCCCUCAUGGGGGCCCCCAGCCAUCCCCAGGGGCCCCCGGGGGCCCCAGGGGCCCCAGGGGGCCCCUGGGGAGCUGAAGGCCUCGGGGGCCCCAGGGAACCCUCGGGCCCUUGGCGGGCCCCUUUUAGUAUUUGGGUAUCCAAGGGAAGUAUCCCAUGAAGAGUUAUUUCAUUGUCAUAGGUGGUCUGAGGCCCCCGCAGCAGCAGCAGCAGCAGCGGCAGGAAAAAAGGCGUCAGCAGCAGCAGCAGCAGCAGCAGUAGCAGCAGGGGAGUGGCUUCCUCCUCGUCUGAUACGCUGCAGAGACACCGCAGCGGUGCUGCUGCAGCAGCAGCAGCUGCAGCAGCAGGGCUGGGACAUCAGCAGCAGCAGAGCGCAGCAAGAGUUGUUUGCUGCAGCAGCGGACAGCAACAGGGGGGCGCUGUGGGGCCCCUACAUACCUGCGCCGCACUUACACUACUCCCCUAGCAGCAGCAGCAGCAGCAGCUGCAGCAGCAGAAGCAACUUCGUGGCUUAUUUGCUGCCGCUGAGGGCAAACGAAUGGGUGGCGGUCCGCAGGGCGGUUUGGUUCAGAGUUUUGAGGGGCCUAGCUGAAUGUCGGGGCCAUUUGUUUCCCCCAAGUGUCUCCUACAGCUUAGUGGCUGCUGAGGGCCCUGCGGCUCCUAGUGUCUCCUCGUGGGCCCCCACCCACAGCAGCAGCAGCAGCAGCAGCAGUAGCAGCAGCGGCUGCUGCAGCAGCGACUUGCGCAGCGGCACCGUUGCUGCUGGGGCCCCCGGCAUCCGCAUCACUGCGCUGCCGGGUCCUGAUAUUUUCGGAGACCUUCCCCAGCAGCAGCAGCAGCAGCAGCAGCAGCAGCAAGACGCUGCAGUUGCUGCUGCGUUUCUGGAGGACUUCACCUCCGCUCGUUUUGCUGCUCUUGCUUUUCUGGACAGUUUUGACUGCGGAAGGCACUUGGGCUGUAUAGACACUUCGGGGGGCCCCCAGGGGCCCCUCGCCUCUUCGGGGGCCCCCGCGGCGCUGCGGCUGCUGCAGCUAGACAACAGGCUGCAGCAAAACUCUUUGGUGACGCAAGAAGUGCAGCAGCUGCUCGAUGGGAUAGAUGAACAGCCAGCAGCCACAGAAACAGCAGCAGCAGCAGCAGCAUCAGCAGCAAGUUGUGCUGCGCCUCAGGUGUAUCUGCUGGACGCCGAUGUGGGGCAGCCAAUUUGCUGCGCUCCUGGAAGUGUCUCUCUUCUCUCCGUGAGCAGCAGCAGCAGCAGCAGCGAAGCCAAUUAG